GCCCGUGACUACUGUAUUUGAUGCAAGUCACUUCAAAACCUGCAACUUGAGGGCAGCAUUGCAAUUGGCAAAACACACCCGGCACGCUUGCAAAGCGUGGUCGGCAACAACGACAACAAAGGAGAGAGCAUGGCGCAGCAGCGUGCUGGCAGUGGUGGUGGUGGCAGUGGUGGUGGCGCAGUGUUGAUGGGGUUGCUGCAGAAGGUGGUGAAGACGCCAGCGCUGGUGCAUGAUGUGGAUGUGGAGGAGGAAGUGGCGGGUGUGUUGAAAGCAUACGCAGAGGAGCUGCUGGGCAGUGGACAGGAGGAAAAGGCCCUGUGGCUGUACUCGAAGACAUGCAGCAUGUUUCGAGCGUCGUGGCUGCUGCGCCAUGACUUUGCGCUGACCCUGUACCGGGCGAGACGGUGGUCCGACGCGCUCGCCCUGUUAGAGGAGUGCAUGCAGUUGGCGCCGGAGGAGGCCUGCAUUGUGGAGUCACACGAGAACAUUGUCAACCUCGUUGUGGAGCGCUGGCACUUUCGCAUGCUCAACGACAAGCAGCGCAACGUGGCGUACCGCAAUGCAUUGCAAGCGGCAGUGGCCGAGAGGCUGGCCACAGGCUCCACGUGCACCGUGCUGGACAUUGGGGCGGGCACCGGGCUGCUCAGCUUGUAUGCCCUGGAAGCAGGCGCAACCGCCGUCUACGCCUGCGAAAUGAACGCGCCAAUGGCAGAGGUGGCCCGCGCAUGCAUCCGUCAACACCAGCAAACACAGCAGGAGAUGAAACGGCAGGAAAAGAAGGAAAAGAAGGAACAGGGGCAGCAUGAGUGCAGCCGUGCGUUUGGCGACGCCAAGAUCCAUGUGCUGCAGAAGCACUCGGGUGCGCUGUGCAUCGGCGAGGACCUGCCAGAGAAAGUGGACAUUGUUGUGACGGAGCUGGUGGAUGCCGGGCUGCUUGGCGAACACAUCCUGCCCGUCUUGGCGGACGCACGUGCGCGCUUGCUGAAGCCAGAUGGCGUCAUCAUCCCUGACCACGCCCAUCUCUACGGCGCAGUCGUCAGCAGCACGGAUCUCAGCACGCGGUGCCGCGCGACGUUUGCGGGUGGCGCGAUGGUGCUGGAGGCAGGUGACAUGUACACGUGCGAGAACUUGUCGCUCGUGGACCACACGAUGCUGACGCCACCCGUGUAUCUCGGCACAGUGCCACUCAGCCCAGCAGCUGGUGUGAGCGGACAGAAGUUUCAUGUGCCGGUCACAGCGCUCGCCACGGGCACGGCGCACGCCAUUGUGACCUGGUUUGAUAUGCAGCUCCUCAACACCAGCGACUGCAGCAGCGCGUUGGGCGAGGACGUUGAUGGCAGGGGAGAGACUACAGACACAGCAGCAUCCGGAGGGAAGCAGGCCGUUGACACACGUGAGCACAUCGCCCGGGCGCGGGCUGUGGUGCGGCUGGGACCACACGCCGGAUCACAGCACGUUGCACCACGGCGGCGGCGGCGAUACCAACAGCAGCGCUGAUGCGAGCACGAACCACAGUGCACGUGUUGUGAUGGCUGCGAUGGGGGAGGCAGACAUGGCCGCAGCCAACGAUCGCUUGUACCACGAGGUGCUGGUCCGUGGCGUGGCCCGAGACCAAGUGCGAGGUCGACAACAACAACAACAACACCGCUUGGAUGUAGUUGCGUACGUGUGUCGGGCGUGCUCAGUGCUGCCGCUGAUGCACAGGAAACACGCGAGCACGAGAAGUGGGGAGUGUGUGGUUGUUGUGGACGAUGGAACGCACGUGCUUGACCCAGACGAUGGAGACGAACACGAACAGCUGCAGCACGCAGCCACACAUGAUGGCGAUGAUGAUGGUGGUGAUGGCGAUGGUGAUGGUGA